GGCAGGGUUGCAGUUGGCUUUAUCUCUACUGCAAUCCAUGGAGGAUAAAUACGGCUUUGGACCUGAUGUAGUGUCAUUCACAGCAGUCCUCAAAACAUGCGCAAAGAUGGUGGAAUGGGAAUGUGCCUUACAACAGUUGACGGUGAUGAGGCACUGUAGAAUUCUACCUGAUGUUAUUGCUUACAAUUCUGCCAUCACUGCAUGUGCAGAAGCCAUGAAUUGGUUGAUGACGUUGCAGAUGUUGAAAGAUGCUCAACGAGUGGACACAGUGACGUUCAAUGCUGUUCUGAAAGGCAUGGAGAAGUCAAUGCACUGGGAAUAUGCGUUGGCAAUUGUUUUUGGCAUGCAUGUACCGCCCUCUCUUGUCACUUACAACACUUUGAUGAGCGCCUGUCAGAAGUGCAGUGAGUGGCAGUGGUCGUUGCAGUUGUUGGUGUCUGGCGUGCUUGCUAGCAAACUGGUGCCUGACCUCAUCACUUACAACACCUGUUUUGCUGCCUGCAAAAAGGGCUCAUGCUGGCAAGAAGCUUUGCAACUUGCGGACAAGCCAGUCGUCAGGCUUGAUGUGGUCAGCUUGCUGGAUUUGCUGGGGGCCUGCAUCGAUUCUGGAAGAGCCGGAUUUGUACCUUCUGUUUUUUUCGAGCUCAUGGCAGAAGUUCCACAACUUUUCAAUCAGAGAUCUACUGGAGAGGCAGGACUUGGCAAGCGUCCCACGUGUGCAAGACAAUCUACUGAGCUUACUACUGUAUUAUACAGUAUAUGUAUAAUAUGGUAUGAUAUACAUUAAUAUAUACAGGGCACAUGCUGACCCAUGCC